AUGGCCUCAGCACGGAGGAGGGACUCCGCGAGCGCGGCAAGCGCCGCGGCGCCUGGCGUUGGGGGCCCAACGGUGAUGCCAGCUCUGCUGCUGCCUCGAGCACUGGCUCGGCGCGGCGCCGUAGCCCUGAGGGGCGGAAGGCAAGCACUGCCACCGCUGCCACCGUUCCGCAGUCUCCUCCCAGAAAGAAAGCGCAGGACGAAAAAGAAGCUCCAAUCAGCCCACCCACAGCACAG